GUCACUGAGCACUUCCACAUGGCGGCUGGCACAGGAACAAAAUCCAGACACGCAACUCAUCGCAGCUGAUGAAAAAUUGGAUAUCACUGCUUUAACUGGUGUUCCAGAUGAGCACAUCAAGACCAGAAAAGUUCACAUUUUUGUUCCAGCACGUAAUGCAAUGCAGGCAGGAGUUAACAAUACAAAGAAAUGGAAGAUGGAAUUUGAUAACAGAGAGCGCUGGGAGAACCCUUUAAUGGGCUGGGCAUCUACGUGA